CAUAAACAAAGUAAGACGAGUAUCCGGUGCCGAUGGUAAAUCAACGCUUGUUCCACUCCUUGCAGCAGGACUGAAGAGGGCAGGAGAUGCAUUCUUGACCUGAUCCACUGAAAGCAUGAUGAAAGAAUCUUUAGUGUCCGAAAAGUCAGGCCAGAAUGGAACACAGCUUCUUCGAUGUUUUUUCUGCGAUGCCUCUUUUUAUGAAGAGCAAGACCUCAGCAAACAUCUCCAAUAUCAUCUUCAAGGAAGCGGCGUCAAAGAACUCGGCCUGUUUCAUUCCCAUCAUGAGAAACUGUCCAAUUCGGAGGAAGUGACACAGGAUAGUAGGAGCACGAGUGAGACGCCUUCUAUGUGCCAAGAUUCUGAUGGUACGAGAAUAUAUCCUUCCCACGUUGAUCAUGAAGAACACAGAAGUAACUGUACAGUGGAGACCAUUGGGAUACAGAAAGAUGGAAUGGAUAUUUCUUGGGCAUCCCAGUCACAGAAAGAAGAGGUUGUACAGAUGGCAAAAUCUGAAGAUCAAGGAGAAACUCAUUACCUUCUCCAGUUGGGGGAAAUAGAGAAUAUUCAAACUGGAAAAUUCGGAGAUCAAGCUGAUUCUUCUUGUCAUCCUCAGGUAGAGAAAGAACAAAGAGAGACCUUCGAUCAAGCACAUGUUUCUCGUCAUCCCGGGUCAGAGAAAAGUUGUACUGCUGAAACAGGAGAAACCUAUCAAACUGAUAUUUCUUGCCAAUCCCGAUCCGUCAAAGUACAAAAUUCUGUAAGACACCAUUUCCAGUGCGAGCACUGUGAGGAAGCUUUUGAAACACAGGCGAAACUAAUCUUCCAUGUUACACAAAUGUCGGCCGAAAAGUCCUAUUCAUGCUCUAAGUGCGGUAGCGAAUUUUUACGGAAAUGCCUGCUGCUAGUUCACAGUGCAUCACCCUGUGAAUUGAAACUAGAUAUUAAGUGCGAGCCUCUGAGGGAUUGGUCUAAGUCCAUAAGUAAGAAGGAGGAACACAUGGAUGGGCAAGAAUGGUGCUGCAAACGUGAAUCAGAGCAGCCCAGACAGAUCUGUGGAAAAUCACUCGGGUGUUCCCAGUCCACACUGAAAUCAGAGACUUCUCAUACUGAAACGAAACCUCAGGGCUCAGAGUCUGGAAAGGGAGUUGUCACUGAAGGUAAUCUGAAAAAGCACACGGUGAAGAAAAAUCUACGCUCACGCGAGAAGACCAAGAGAGUUCAGGCACAUGCAGGAUUCCAUCAGUGCUUGUAUUGUUCAAAGGAAUUCAAAAGGAAAUGUCACUUAGCAGAGCACAUUUUGAUCCAUACAGGGGAAAUGCCUUUUGUGUGUUCACUAUGUGGGAAGGGGUCCAGGACUAAAAGCAAUCUCAACAGGCAUGUGAAGAUAAUGCACCCUGCCAGUUCAAUCUCUCAUGAGUGCCCAUCCUGUUUCAAGAUAUUUCCUUCUAGGCCUCAAUUACAACGUCAUCUUUAUCUGAAACAUAACAAGGAAAAACCAUUUCAGUGUUCUGAGUGUGGAAGAAGCUUCAUUAAAAAGGGUUUUUUUGAUAAGCAUAUAUGCAUGAAAAGUAAUGUAAAAGCUUCUGGUUGGUCUCAAGAUUGUUCAUAUUGUUCCAAGAAAUUCCAUUGUAAAUCCCGUUUUGAUGACCAUGUUAUGAUGCAUACAGGGGAAAGGCGCUUCCAGUGUGCAAAUUGUGGGAAGGCUUUCAUCAAAAAGGCUAAAUUUGAAAAGCAUACAUGCAGAAAUACACAAGGAGGAAACAAGGAUAAGAAACUUUACGAAUGCUCUUACUGUUCCAAGAAAUUCCUGAGGAAGUGUCAUUUAAGAAGGCAUGUUGAGAUACAUUUAGAGAAUAGCCCUUUCCGUUGUUUGAAAUGCGGAUUGAAGUUUGUUACUAAGACUGAUCUUGAUUUCCAUCAAUGUGGGGUUGCGGUGAAAAAACCUCUAGUUCAUGAGAAAGUCCAUGAAUGCUCAUAUUGUCACAAGAAAUUCUUUCGUAAAGCUCACUUACAGGAGCAUGUCAUGGUCCACACGGGAGAAAGGCCUUUCAAGUGUGCACAUUGUGGGAAAGGUUUUAUUACCAAGUGUAACUUAAAAAGACAUACAUGCAGGAAUCCAGAAAAGGGACAGAUUUCUCAAAAGUAUAAUAAAUGCUCUUAUUGUCCCAAGAAAUUCUCCCGUAAAGCUCAUUUACAGGAGCAUGUCAUGAUACACACGGGAGAAAGGCCUUUCAAGUGUGCACAUUGUGGGAAAGGUUUUAUUACCAAGUGUAACUUAAAAAGACAUACAUGCAGGAAUCCAGAAAAGGGACAGAUUUCUCAAAAGUAUAAUAAAUGCUCUUAUUGUCCCAAGAAAUUCUCCCGUAAAGCUCAUUUACAGGAGCAUGUCAUGAUACACACGGGAGAAAGGCCUUUCAAGUGUGCACAUUGUGGGAAAGGUUUUAUUACCAAGUGUAAUUUUGAAAGGCAUUCAUGCAAGAAUCCACUAAAGGGACAGAUUCCUCAAAAAUAUUACAGGUAUGAAGGCUCGUUUAAGAAAUACGUUUUAAAGAAGCCUGUCUCUAUACAUUCAGAGAAUAGUGCUUGCCAGUGUUUGAAAUGCGGGUUGGAGUUCCCUACCAACAAUGAUCUUGAUAAACAUUCAUGCAAUACAUCUGGAAAAUCAAUACAUGUACCUCUAGUUCGUGAGAAAGUCCAUGAGUGCUCUUAUUGUCACAAGAAAUUCUUUUGUAAAGCUCACUUACAGGAGCAUGUCAUGAUACACACGGGAGAAAAGCUCUAUCUUUGUGACAAAUGUGGGAAGGGUUUUUGUACCAAGGGUAAUUUUAAAAGGCAUACAUGCAGGAUUCCAGAAAAAAAACAGAUUCCUCAAAGACAUUACAGGUAUGAAGGCUCGUUUAAGAAAUUCCUUAAAAAGCAUGUCUCGACACAUUCAGAGAAUAGCGCUUUCCAGUGUUUGAAAUGCGGGUUGGAGUUCAUUACCAAUGAUGAUCUUGAUAAACAUUCAUGCAGUACAUCUGGAAAAUCAAUACCUCCAGUUCGUGAGAAAAUCCAUGAGUGCUCUUAUUGUCACAAGAAAUUCUUUCGUAAGACUCACUUACAGGAGCACAUCAUGAUACACACGGGAGAAAGGCCUUUCAAGUGUGCAUAUUGUGGGAAAGGUUUUAUCACCAAGUGUAAUUUUAAAAGGCAUACAUGCAAGAAUCCAGAAACGGGACAGAUUUCUCAAAAGUAUUAUGAAUGCUCUUCUUGUCCCUCAAAAUUCUCCCAUAAAGCUGAUUUACAGGAGCAUGUCAUGAUACACACAGGAAAUAGGCUCUAUCUUUGUGACAAAUGUGGGAAGGGUUUUCGUACCAAGUGUAAUUUUAAAAAGCAUAUAUGCAGGACUCCAGAAAAAGAACAAAUAUGCAGGACUCCAGAAAAAGAACAGAUUUCUCAAAGAUAUCACAUAUAUGAAGGCUCGUUUAAGAAAUUCCUUAAGAAGCAUGUUUCUACACAUUCAGAGAAUAGUGCUUUCCAGUGUUUGAAAUGCGGGUUGGAGUUCCAUACCAACAAUGAUCUUGAUAAACAUUCAUGCAGUACAUCUGGGAAAUCAAUACCUCCAGUUCGUGAGAAAGUCCAUGAGUGCUCUUAUUGUCACAAGAAAUUCUAUCGUAAAGCUCACCUACAAGAGCACAUCAUGACACACACGGGAGAAAGGCCUUUCAAGUGUGCACAUUGUGGGAAAGGUUUCAUUACCAAGAGUAACUUUAAAAAGCAUACAUGCAGGGGUCCUGAGGAAGAACAAAUUUCUCAAAACAAGUUAUGA